CACGUGACCACAAAUCACGUGACACGCGCCGCUCCGGGGGAAAAAUGGGUUGAUAACCGAGCGCAUCAUCCAGCCAGAAGCGGCUCGUUGGGAGUUCAGUUAAAUCAAUUCAUUUCUAAAGGGGCACGGCGGACGAGGAGGCAAAAAACGCUUGCUGGAUUCAUGCCACCGAGUAUAACGAAGACGCGUCUUGUGCAAGGAUGGCGAGCAACAGCAUCCUAAUGGUGUCACGUUUUGCUGGAAGAGCUCAUUUGAGGCGUGUUUGUACGCAAACCAAGGUUGUCUACAGAAUGCCAAAGGUAAACUGCUGGAUGUUUUCUUUGAAAUGCUGUAAAUGAUGCUGCAUGCUCAGUCAACAGCUACCAUCAAACCACCCCUCCACUCAACUGUCCUUUCUUUUCUAACGUUCUCCAACUCCAGUCCCUCAGAACAUGCUUUCCUGCUGACUGGCACACCAGCACCGGCUAACUGCAGCUCCUUGUCCAUCCAGCAGCAGAACAGCUCCCUUGCCUCGUACGUCCUGCCUUCAGCAGAGGCGGCCACCCUCAGCCUCAUCUUUGGGGUGCUAUGGCUGGUCUCUGUCUUUGGCAAUGCCCUGGUCUGCCUGGUCAUCAACCGCAGCCGGAGGACUCAGUCCACCACCAACUACUUUGUGGUGUCUAUGGCGUGUGCCGACAUGCUCCUCAGCUUCGGUUGUGCUCCCUUCAUCCUGCUGCAGGUGAAUUCCACCCAAUGGAUGCCAAAUAACAUAAUGUGCAAGGUCAUCCGCUACCUCCAGUAUCUGUGCCCCGGUGUACAAGUCUAUGUUCUCCUUUCCAUCUGCAUGGACAGAUUCUACACCAUUGUCUACCCACUAAGCUUCAAAGUGUCCCGGGAAAAGGCUAAGAAGAUGAUCCUGGCUUCCUGGAUGUUUGACGCAGCCUUCGUAUCUCCAUGUUUCUUUUUCUACAGCUCUUCACAGGACGGUCACUGUAACUUUUUCCUACCGGAUACCUGGGAUGGGAUCUCUUAUGGUGUCACGCAUCUCCUUGUUGGAUUGGUGGUUCCUAUGGUGCUCAUACUUUUGUUCUACCACAAAGUUGUCAAGUACAUCUGGAGGAUCAGCACCGACGGGUGCACUGUGAGACGGACGAUGAACAUUGUGCCUAGGACUAAAGUCAAAACUAUCAAGAUGUUCCUUAUGCUCAACUUUGUGUUCCUCCUCACCUGGAUUCCUUUCUAUGUGGCCCAACUAUGGCAUCCAAAAGAGGACUUUUCCCGACAGGGAGUGCUGUUCUUCGUGGCCAUCACGUGGGUCUCUUUUAGCUCCGCUGCAUCCAAACCCACCCUAUACUCCAUUUACAACCCCAGCUUCCGGCGCGGGAUGAAGGAGACCUUCUGCAUGUCAACUAUGAAGUGCUACCGCAGCAAUGCCUAUACCAUCACUACAAGCUCUCGAAUGGCUAAGAAGAAUUAUGUGGGGAUACUGGAGGUCCCCGUACCACCAAAGUCUGUCACCAAAGACUCAAUAUACGAAACCUUUAACCGUGAGGCAAAGGAGAAGAAGUUGGCUUGGCCCAUCAAUACCAAUCCUCCCAAUACAUUUGUGUGACAAACAGCUUCAUAUAAAAAGACUAAGAAACGAAUAUAUGAAAAUAAGAACUUAAGCUACCUUUACACUAUCAAAUUUUUCUACAAUUUAGUUGUCUUUGUUUGUUAUGUAUAAUGUCCCAACACUUGCCUAUAUACUGCCAGUCUGGCAGAAACAAAAAGUGCUAUUCAUGAAAAUUACAAUAACAUUUUUAAGAAGAACAAAUGUAUUGAUCACCUUUGUCUUAAGUUUCAGCGUUUUGAACUGGUGCAGGUCAAGCCCAGUUUUUCCUGAGAUCCAAGAAUUAAUGUUACAACAAGGUGUCGGGUGACAUUGUGGUUGACCGUUGGCCUUCAGGCGACGCUUCACCUGUCAAAAUGACCCUCCAUUGGGCUAUGACUCCUACAUUGAAUUUGAGGACUACCUAUGCCUUGUGUAUAUUCACUGUGCUGCCGGUACUGAGCUGUGAUUGGUCAACCGUCAUGUGUUACAUAGAGUGUAUUUCUCAUAAUGUACUGUGACAUACCAUCUGUGAAGGAUUCCAUUUUUUUCCAUUACUGUGGUCAGUCUCCCUGUUUUGUAAUGUAAUAAAUAGAAAACAUUGUGUAUCCAA